GAUUGUUUUAUAUAAAAAAGUGAAUGCAAUGUAGUAGCUGUAAGCUGUAGCAACGUUGAUUUUGAUACCACCUCAAAGGCGAUCACAGAAACCAAUGAAGAGUGGUACAUAUACAUAAUAAUAAUGAUAUAAAUAUAGUAACGCGUGUUUGACCUUUGGGGUCCGUUUUCACUUUUGUUUUGAGCAGUGUGAUAGUAUGUGAUGACUUUUUAGUUUUGUUUUGGGAUUGGAGGGAAAACACAAGGACACUGAUGGCAUAAAAGUCUCCAUUCUCAAAAGAAAAGGACAACCCUCCACUCAGCCAAAUGAACCUCCCAUUGCUGUUCUUCGAUGAUAUGAAGCUUCAAAGAUUGCUCACCACUGUUUUGUUGCUCACUGUUACUACUCUAAACAACGUGUUAGGUGCAUUUGUGGGGGUAAACAUAGGCAGUGAUGUUUCUGAUCUACCAUCAGCUUCAAAUGUGGUUACUAUUCUAAAAUCUCAUCAAAUUACUCAUGUGCGUCUCUAUGAUGCCAAUCCUCACAUGCUACAAGCACUUUCAAACACAGGCAUUGAAGUCCUUGUUGGUGUCACUGAUGAGGAGAUACUAACAAUUGGAGAUUCUCCAUCUGUUGCUGCAUCAUGGAUCACCAAAAAUGUAGCUGCAUAUAUGCCUCAUACAAAUAUCACAUCAAUAGCAGUUGGUAGUCAAGUUCUUACUUCGAUCCCAAAUGUUGCUCCUGUUCUUGUUCCUGCAAUGAAUCAUCUUCACAGUGCUUUGGUUGCUUCAAAUCUUCACUUUCGUGUUAAAGUUUCCACGCCUCAGUCUAUGGAUUUAAUCCCUAGGCCUUUUCCUCCUUCAACUGCAACUUUUAACUCGUCAUGGAACUCCACAAUUCACCAACUCCUUCAGUUUUUGAAGAAUACUAAUUCUUCUUAUAUGUUAAAUGCUUAUCCUUAUUAUGGAUAUACUAAUGGUGAUGGCAUUUUCCCAAUUGAAUAUGCUUUACUUAGAUCCCUUCCUUUGGUUAAGAAAAUUGUUGAUCCAAACACAUUGUUACAUUAUGAUAGUAUGUUUGAUGCUAUGGUCGAUGCUACUUAUUAUUCUAUACGUGCCUUAAAUUUCAAUGAUAUACCGAUUGUUGUCACCGAAUCUGGCUGGCCAUCUUUAGGUGGAUCAAAUGAACAAGAUGCUAAUGUAGAAAAUGCUGAGACCUAUGUUAAUAAUUUGAUUCUCCGAGUACUCAACGAUUCAGGUCCUCCUAGUCAGCCAAAGAUACCGAUUAAUACCUACAUAUAUGAAUUGUUUGAUGAAGACAUGAGGAAAGGACCUAUAUCUGAAAGACAUUGGGGACUUUUUUAUUCUAAUGGAAGUUCUGUUUACCCUUUGAGUUUUACUGGUUCUGACAAGAUUUUUGGAAACUCUUCAAUGUCUUUUUGUGUGGCUAAAGAUGGCGCGGACGCUGAAAAGAUCGAAGCUGGUUUGGACUGGGCUUGUGGACAAGGCAGGGCUAACUGUGCAGCUAUUCAAGCAGGGAGACCUUGCUUUUUCCCUAAUAAUGUGAAAAGUCAUGCCUCUUAUGCUUAUAAUGAUUAUUAUCAGAAAAUGCAUAGUGCUGGUGGAACAUGUGAUUUCGAUGAUACUGCUAUAAUAACUACCGAGGAUCCAAGUUAUGGAUCAUGUAUAUAUGCAGGAAGUUCUAAUUUAAGCACUGGUGAUGGGAGCUUGCCUUCUAUGGCACUUGGACCUGUAGGUCCUGUUGGUGUAGGUUUGAAGAUGCAAGUGUCCAACCUUCACUAUGCAUUCUCUUCUACUAUUCUACUUUUGGUUAUGAUGUUGUUAUGACCAGAAAGUUGAUGCACUCUCAAACGGGGUAUAACAGUUUUUGCAACUUUUUUUGGAGUUAAUAUCUUAUGUAAUGUUUUUUAUUAGAAUAGAUCUCUGUAAUACUGUAAUACCAACACUUCUGUUCAAAAGUGUGAGUGAUUUGCUCUCUUAUUAAAGGUAUAAACCAGUCAAGCUCCAACCUCUUCUUCAAGAGAUUA